GACCUCAUUCUUGGAAGCUCCGGGGACCCAAAAAGGAGACAGAACGACAUGGCGGAGAGUACCCACGGGGACCCGAGCUCCGGGGAUCCGCCAAAAAAUUAGUGUGAAAUAAAGACAAGAGUCAAUUGGAAAACCGAGAAGUACCCCAUAAUAGUCACAAACUCUCAGUUUAGGUACCCAAUUUUCUGCAAGAUUUUGAAGGGCCCUCUCGCAUUUUCACACUCAUAUAGAUAAAAUAUAUAUACAUAUAUAGAUACAGACUUUCUCACUCUAAAAACAAGAACAAGAACAAGAAGAGAAAAAAGGAGAGAGAGAGAGAGAAAGGGGGCUAUUGAAUCAAGAAAAUAUUAUAUCAUCAAAGUUGAAAUUGAGAUUGAAAUUGAAAUUGAACCCACCACCAAAGAAAAUUCCUUCUUUGCCCCACAUGGACCUCACUCCAGAUUCUUCCCAAACCAAUCCUCCCCAAUCCUCCGGCGGCGGCGGCAGCGCCGCACAGCCGUACAACUACAAUAACCCACAUCUCCUCCACCGCCUCCAUGUCCGAUCGCCGCCCUUUACACCCACCGCCUCCUCGUCUUCGCCGACAUCAACCACCGCGUCCAAACACGCGCCGCCGCAGAUCGUCGACGCGUCGCUGGCAAUCGCGACCGGAUCGGAAACCCUAAUUGAACAGGGGGGUAAAAAGGAGGUACGACAGCAGAAGCGCCAGGUACAACCGGAACAGCAGCAGCUGGCGGUGGUUAAACGGCCGACGAAAGACCGCCACACGAAAGUCGACGGCCGGGGGCGGCGCAUCCGUAUGCCGGCGGCGUGCGCGGCUAGGGUUUUUCAGCUGACUCGUGAGCUGGGGCAUAAGUCCGACGGCGAGACGAUUGAGUGGCUGCUGCAGCAAGCUGAGCCGGCGAUUAUCGCCGCCACUGGAACCGGGACGAUUCCGGCGAAUUUCUCUAGCCUGAACGUCUCCCUUAGGAGCGGCGCCGCCGCCACCCUCGCGGCGCCGCUGUCGAAGGCGCCGCCGCAUUCGUUCCAUAGCGCAAUUGGAUUGGCGCAUACCCAUCCUUAUGAGGAGAAUUUCUCCCAAAUGUUAGGGUUCCACCACCAGCCACCGCCGCAGCUUCUGCCGCCGCCCCAGAUGCCGGAGGCCCUAACAGCCGCCGGCGGAGAGGCGGCGGCGAAUUACCUCCGGAAGAGAUACAGAGAGGAUUUAUUUAAAGACGAAGGUACAAAUAAUUCACAAGGCAGCGACGCCGGCGAAGGCACCAGCUCGCCGCCGGCGAACAAGCAGUUCAAAUCGACGGCGGGGCAAUCUCCGGCGAGUCUAAUGAGACCGAGCAACGUGAUUCCCGCCACCGCGAUGUGGGCGGUGACGCCGGCGCCUACCAGUGGCGCCACCGGAAGCACGUUCUGGAUGCUUCCGGUGACGGCCGCCGACGCCGGGAAAACACCUCCGGCAGCGUCGGCAGGGCAGCCAUCCGACGCGCCGCCUCAGGUAUGGCCGUUCUCCGCCGCGAACAGCGGCGGAAACACCCUGCAAACGCCGCUACAGUUCCUGCCGAGAUUCAAUUACUCUGGAUCCAAUAUCGAAUUCCCCGGCGGCGCCGUCUCCGGCGCCGGCAAUCCAUUGCAGCUCGGAUCAAUCCUUAUGCAGCCGCCGCCGCCGUCGCAGAAUUUAGGGUUAGGCGUCUCUCCGGCGGCGGCGGAAUCUAAUUUGGGAAUGCUGGCGGCGCUGAACGCGUAUUCGCGAAGCCGCGGCGGCGGACUGACGAUGAAUUCCGACAACCUCGACCGUCGUCAAAACCAAAAUCAAAAUCAGAAUCAGAAUCAGAAUCAAAAUCAAAAUACAGACAACAACAGCGAAGACGACGGCGAUGCCCAAAACAGCUCUCAAUAAUUACAUAAGUAUAUUCCCAACAAUCAUUUCCAGAUGGGAGAUGUGUUUCAAUCAAAGAGACUGAUGGAUCUCAAGAACAAGUUAAGGUAUUUAUAUAUAUUUAAUUUCAUAAUCUUAUGAAUUUUGGAAUUUUUUUCCCCAUAAGUAUGUUGUGAUGAUUGAUUAUAUACAUAAUUAGUAAUAUAUAUUAUUUGUUUGUUGUUA